UUUGCACCUGCCAUUUUUUUUCCAGAGUAAUGAGAGCCUCAUCUCAAACCAGUAGCACGAGGGUGCAGUAAAACAGGCCUGACCUGCGAAACCACCCUCACCCUCUUCGUCUCAAUGAAUCUUUCAUAUUCAAUAUCUUUCGAAAAUUUCUAAAGUGUCUCCUGCAAGAAAGAAAGACAGAGAAAGAUACACUUGAGAAGUCAAAGUGUGCAACGAAGAAAGAACAACGCUGCCAUCAGUAAGAAAGAAAAAGAGGAAAAAAGACAGAAGUAGAAGAAGGUGAAAGUAAGAGAGAGACGGACAGAGGGUGGGUGGUGGGGGGCUCUCGGCUUAAGAGAGAGGGAGAGAGAGGAGGUCGAAGGGAGUCGAGCGAGGAGAAUGACGGAUAGCCAGCAGCAGUUUUGCUUGCGUUGGAACAACUUUCAAGCUAAUAUCACCAGCCAAUUCGAGGCCCUCAGGGAUGACGAGGACUUCGUCGAUGUCACCUUAGCCUGCGAUGGUAGGCGUCUCCAGGCGCACAAGGUUGUCCUCUCCGCGUGCAGCCCUUACUUCAAGGAGUUGUUCAAGGUUAGAAAACCUUCCCCGCCUUGCUUCUCUCAGUGCUAGUUGCUUGAUGCCCCU